AAAUAUAUAUUAUAUAUACUGUUGUUUUACACAGAAUUUGCAAAUUUGUAAAGUUUGUGAAAUAUAUUCCCCAGACGUGGGAAUAUAAGUGAAGAUCCAUUGUGUUCAGCCUUAGAGCAAUUGCACUAUAAUUAUAUUGGUAGUACUGUACAAAUUCAUAUGAACAUUUUGAGCAAAACAAAAGAUAUGAUAAAAACUUAUUCUGGUUCUAAAAAUAGAUUUUAAAAAUUUUCAAAAAAAAAAAGAUGGUAUGUAUCUCAACUCGUGGGAAAUUAAAGAAAAUUCGUUUUCAUUUAACACAGUAACGUAAUACUUUGUGAGAAUUUUCAAGAACCUUCGAUUGAGGAAGCAUACAAGUUUUGAAUAACUAAUAAUUAAGAAACACUUUUCUUAAUUUUAAUAAAAAUUAGAAAAAUUUUAAUUACAAGUGUGUAAUUAUCUAAUAUCCGAAAAAAUGACUACUACAGAUUUCGCAGAUGAUAGUGGGGCGGAACCUCUAAGCUAUAAAGAUAAAGGAAAUGAGGCCUUUAAAGAGGGAAAAUGGGAGGACGCUGUUAAAUUUUAUACAACCGCUAUAAAACUGGGUGAAAAGCACAAAGAGCUGCCAGUAUUUUACAAAAAUCGAGCUGCGGCCCAUUUAAAAUUGGGAAAUUGGUUAGUAGUGGUUAGCGACUGCACCGAAGCCUUGAAAUUAGCUCCCGGAGAUCCUAAAUCUUUGUUCCGUAGAUCUCAGGCAUAUGAGGCGCUAAAAAAAUAUGAAGAGGCAUAUAAGGACGCCACGGAUUUGUUUAAAGCAGAUCCGACCAAUAAGUCUGUGCAACCUACAUUACACCGUUUGCAUUUAAUUGUGCAGGAGAGAGCAACAAAAAACGCCCAAACAUCUACUAAGGUACAGCAAAUGAUGGAGCUGACAUUUGAUAUCGCGACACCUCCAGAAAAGCGCAAAUCAGGAGCCAACAAUCUCUUAGUUUUGGCUAAAGAAGAAGUUUCCGCUGAUCUAUUAUUUAAAGCAGGAUGCAUCGGCAAAAUUGCUUCUUUAACUAAAAUAGAAAAGAAUACAGAGAUUGGCUCUAAUCUUGUCCGCAUAGUAGCUGAGCUCUGUAAUCAUUCCGUUCCCCGUACCAAAGGAGUACUUGCAGAAUUGGGUGUGCCGUGGUUUAUGCGGGUUCUGGACAACAAAGAAGCAGAGAUUGUAUUAGCAGCUCAAUAUUGCUUACAAACAAUUAUCAAUGCUUUAUCUGGUAUGGAGAAUAAGGCAGACAGUAAACCAAACAAAGAACUUUGUAAAGAAAAUAACCGUGAAAUUGAUACUUUGCUUACCUGUUUAUUGUACACUGUUACCGAUCGCACCAUCUCGGGACCUGCUCGUGAUGCCGUUAUGGAACUGUUGACACGUAAUAUACAUUACACCGCUUUAGAAUGGGCUGAACGUUUGGUAGAGCUUAGAGGUCUCUAUCGCUUGCUAGAUGUUUGCUCUGAACUUGAGGAAUAUAAAUAUGAAAGUGCUAUGGAUAUAACGUCAUCGUCUCGAACGAUUGCUUCGGUCUGCUUAGCUCGUAUUUAUGAGAACAUGCAUUAUGAUAAAGCCAAAGAACGCUUCCAAGAGCAAAUCGAUGAAUAUGUUAAGGACAAGCUAUUAGCGCCAGAUUUAGAGUCUAAAGUAAGAGUAAUUGUAGCCAUAACUUCCUUGCUUACCGGACCUUUGGACGCAGGCAAUCAAAUUGUGGCCAGAGAAGGAAUCUUACAAAUGAUUUUGGCAAUGGCGACUACAGAAGAUGCUCUACAACAAAAGGUGGCUUGUGAAUGUAUAAUAGCGGCUGCUUCUAAAAAGGAUAAAGCCAAGGCUUUGUGUUCGGGUGGCGUAGAAAUUCUUAAAAAACUUUAUCACUCUAAAGAUGAUGGCAUACGUGUGCGAGCAUUGGUUGGUUUAUGUAAAUUGGGAAGUUACGGUGGACAAGAUGCUGCUAUACGCCCCUUUGCUGAUGGAGCUACAUUAAAAUUGGCUGAAGCUUGCCGUCGAUUUUUGAUAAAACCGGGAAAAGAUAAGGAUAUAAGGCGCUGGGCAGCCGAUGGUUUAGCUUACUUGACUUUGGAUGCUGAAGUAAAAGAAAAGCUCAUCGACGAUAAACCUGCUAUACACGCUCUAGUAGAUUUAGCUCGUUCUGGUGAUCAAUCUUGUUUAUACGGUGUAGUUACCACAAUUGUCAACAUAUGUAAUGCUUAUGAAAAACAAGAAAUUUUACCGGAGAUGUUGGAAUUGGCUAAAUUUGCUAAACAGCAUAUACCCGAAGAGCAUGAGCUUGACGACACAGACUUUGUUCAAAAACGCAUCAUAGUAUUGGCCAAUGAAGGCAUUACUACGGCGUUGUGUGCACUAGCAAAGACUGAAAGCGACAACUCUAAGGAGCUGAUAGCACGUGUUUUGAAUGCUGUAUGCGGUUUGCAAGAGUUAAGAGGCAAAGUAGUGCAAGAGGGCGGUGUGAAGACUUUGCUUAGGUUAGCUUUGGAAGGUACAGAAAAGGGUAAGCGGCACGCUUGCCAGGCUUUGGCUCGCAUAGGGAUCACUAUAAAUCCGGAAGUAGCAUUUGCCGGUCAACGCAGCUUGGAUGUUAUUAGGCCGUUAUUAAACUUGUUAGCCCAAGAUUGUAGUGCAUUGGAAAAUUUCGAAUCUCUUAUGGCCUUAACUAAUUUGGCGGCCAUGAACGAAAACGUCAGGCAACGCAUUAUCGAGGAACAGGGAAUUUCGAAAAUCGAAUACUACCUCAUGGAAAACCAUCUCAUGUUAACACGAGCGGCAGCUCAAUGUAUAUGUAAUAUGAUAAUGUCCGACGACGUAGUAAAAAAGUUUGAGGGAGAAAAUGAUCGUGUGAAAUUCAUGGCUUUGCUUUGCGAAGAUGAGGACGAAGAAACAGCGAAAGCUUGCUCCGGCGCUUUAGCAAUGUUAACUUCAGUCUCGAAAAAAUGUUGCGCAAAAAUUUUGGAAAUCAAGUCAUGGUUAGAGAUUUUACAUAUACUCAUUGCUAAUCCCAGCCCUGAAGUGCAGCACCGCGGCGUGGUUGUCAUACUGAAUAUGAUUAACGCUGGCGAAGAUAUUGCUCGUAAAAUAUUCGAUACUGAUAUUAUGGAGCUCCUAAAUGGUCUUGCCCAGUUGCCUGAUGAUACUCGCUCCAAAGCACGAGAAGUAGCGGCUCAAUGCUUAACUGCGGCUGAACGUUAUCGGAUUAUUGAGAAAUCCGAUGAAGGAGAACUACCUGAUGUUUUCAAAGAAGCUGCCCGUGAGCAAGAAAUAGAGGAAGAGUAGAAUUUAACGAUAAAUGUGCCUUAAAAGAUAUUAAGUUUAAUAACGAUACACAUUUUCCGUUUUUUUAUGACAGAGUAUAUUUUCUUGGCAGCAAAAAACAAUAUUUCCCUGUUUAUUUCGUAAUGUCUAAUAAUAAAGUGAUGUUUCUGUGCAAUGAAAAAAGCUUUUAGCGUUGGUAAAGUUGCCCACUUUUUAAAAGAGUUACGUUACUAAGCUUCUGAAUGACAUAUGUGAUAACGAGUACUUGAUAUCUAAAAUGUACGUAAAUUUUCCAUAACAACUGUCUAGGCAUUUUCAAAUACUUAAUAUAAAUUACUGCAGAACAGACUAGGUAAUAAUAAUAAUAAUAAUAACAACCAUCAGUUCGUAAGAUUGCGAAAGCAACAUAUCACAGAUCCUACAACUUGCUCGCCUUUGAUGCAUUUGCUUCUACCAUUAAAUCGAGGAUUAUUAAACACUUGAAGUUUAGAAUAUAGUCACGAAGCGGCGACAUGAAGACAAUGCAGGCUCCGAUAGUUGCUUCUUGUAAGAGUGUAGAUGUGCGUAUGUUUUGUUUUGCUCCGACAAAAGCAUUACGCGAUUCUAAUUCUCAGAAUCGACCUGCUGUUAAUUAG